AUGACGCUAGCUUCACGCUCGAAAAAAAUGUCUACAAAAAAUCAGAAAAAAAAAACCUUUUCCAAAAAAAAAAAAAAAAAACAUUUAUCAUUACAAGAUAUGUAUGAAGCAACAUUAAAGAAAAAGCAAGAAAGCGCGACGAACGAAAGCCGUCCUGUCACGUUUGACGAACGUGAAAUUUUAGAACCAACCAUAAAUGAAAAUGUCAUCAACGCAAUUUGUCAACCGCCACUUGAAAAGUUAUUAUCACAACUAUCAGCGUCCGAUACCGAUUGUACAUCACCAAUGGAUUCUUUUAGUGAUUCCGAGGAAAGUCUUAACAGUCACCGUGGAGUAUCACGUCUGACUGAUAAAACGAAUAAUUUUCAAAAUAAUAAAAUGGAUGAAGGUCAACCACAUUACAGUAACACCACGAUAAACGAUGACAUAUCAACUGGCUCGAAUGAGUCCAUUUAUAGUUUAUUGGAUGAAAAUGCUGAUCAUCGAAGUGAAAAUGUCACAAAUCACAUGAGUGACAAUGAAACACAUGCUCAUGAUAAUAAAUUAUCCAUUGACUUGCAAACCGUUCAAUGUGUAUUUAAAGACAAUUGCAAAGUAUUUGAUAUUCAAUCUUUCAAUGAUUCUUUACCAGAAAAGCCACAAGAAGAACAGAAGAAUACUUUUGUCUAUUUGCACCCUCCUGAUUUUGCCUCUUACAAAACAGUACAACAACCCUGUACUUUUUAUACCCAGAGUUUGCUCAACCAAUUACCAACUCAGGAUCUACCUUUUGUUUCCAUACUAAAAGACUUAACUCUACAGAAAAGAAUAGAAGUCAACUCUUUAGAUAAACUUUGGAAACAGUGGCAUCAACAUAUUGUUCCGUAUUUAGUAGAAGAAGUGAAUGUUUGGAAAUCAUUGAAACCGAAGGAGGCACUCGACAAUUUAACGAAACAAGCAAGUACUUUAUUUCGCGUUUUCAAAUCAUACAGUGAUGUUUACUACGCUGAACAAACGUAUUACAAUGCGGAAACAGUUCGUGCGCUGACAAUGCUUCAUGUUGCAGAGCACUGUGUGAAAACUCGAAGAAUUUUAGCAAAGAACAAUUCAUUAUUGAAGGAACUCAUUGAAUCGCGAAAAAGUGACAAAGACGAAUUCAAAGACGGUUAUUUUUCCAAUAACAAAAGCACCUCCUUGGGUAAAAACAAAGCGGAAAAUUCUUCUAUACAAAAGAAGAAUAAAAAAGUAGAUUCACAUAAAAGUAGUGUACCAAACGCUACAAAGUCAGCCAAAUUGAAUGGGGAAUCGGAGAAUGACGUGAGUCAUGUAGAAGAUAAGUUGCGUGACCAAGGAUUCACAUCCCCUCGUGUUUUAGUGUUAGCAUCAGCGCGUCACAUAGCUAAAAGUAUGAUAGAAAUGCUUUUAAAAAUUUUACCGAACGUUAAACAAAUUCGUAAUUAUAAACGUUUUCAAAAAGAAUUUCAAAAUGUUGAUGAAGAUGACACAAGCACUCCACUAACGAGACAAGAAUUCGCACAAGAAUUGUUAAAUGAAGGAAAAGCACCCGACUAUGCUGAACAAUUCAGAGGCAAUAAUUGUGACCGAUUUCGUAUAGGCAUUAAAUUACAUCAAUGUGGUGUGACUCUCUACGCACCCUUCUACCAAUCAGACAUUAUUGUUGCGUCACCACUUGGUUUACAACUGAUCGUUGGAUCCUCAGUAGUGGACAAAAGGGACUAUGAUUUUUUAUCUUCUCUGGAAAUCCUAGUCAUCGAUCGUGCUGAUGUCAUUUCUCUUCAAAACUGGAGUCAUUUAGAAGAUUUAAUUUUGGUGAUGAAUGCUAAGCCGCAACAAUGGCCUUCAGAUUGUGAUAUUCGUCGAUUGCGUUCAUCGUAUUCUAACGGUAAAGCUCGUUUUUUUCGCCAAACUAUCGUCUUAGCAGAUGGCCGACUUCCUGAAGCAAUGGCUAUGUUUCAUCAUGAAAACGACGCCAUGUGCUGUAAUUUUCGAGGUUUUGUUAAACUGUUUCAAAACUCAUCUGGAUCGAUUAUAUCUGAAAGUUCUUCGUAUGUGGGCAAACAACUUAUGAUGCACAUUCCUUGUGAGUCUCUGGAGAAUCUUCACGAGUCUUUACUGGAUUAUUUUGAUAAACAAUUUCCACCCUCAUUUUUAUCUUCGGCAAGCAACAAAGCAAUCACUGAUAAUCGACUUUUGAUUGUAGUUCCAACAUAUAUUGAAUAUUUACGGUUACGAAAAGUUUUGAAAACAUCCAAAAAUAUUUCCAACGACUCGCGUCAUUUAAAUAUUUUCCGAUCGUGCCAUGAAUACUCCUCAAACAAAAUGCUCUCAAAAUCACGACAAAUGUUUCGUUCUGGUGAAGUCAACAUUUUAAUAACCACAGAAAGAUUUUUGUUUUAUCGCCGCUACACUUUAAAAGGUGCUAAUCAUGUUAUAUUUUAUCGUCCGCCUUACUACCCAUCGAUUUAUACACUUUGUCUCAAGUCCUUAAAUAGACCGGAGGAAGCGAUUUCUUUAAUACUUUUCACAUCUUUUGAUCAAUUAAAUGUUGAAAAAUAUUUAAGUCCUAUUCACACCAGCAAAAUAAUGAAAAUGCUUUCAAGUGUUCCCAAAGUGAUUCUUCUUAAUAAAUAAAUGACAUUAGCAAAAUGGACUUUACAAUUGCAACGUUAAUCCUCGACAUAUAAACUUACCACUUUAAGUGUGUUUCUUCACGUCGCGCGACUAACUUUUUUGACAAUCCUACUCUCAGUGUCUCGUUUUCGAAUGUUUAUUUCAUUGUUAUGUUUCGAAUGAAUGGUACAACCAUUUACCUUAGUCAAAGAUUUUGUAAAUGAUUUCUGCGUUUUUCAUAAAAACAAAAGUUUUCUUAUAAGACCAUUUUUUCAAACAACAUUAGACUAUAAAUCUGCGUUACUUUAGUAUCAAUACGGGAGUGCGCAGUGACACAUUACUUGAGAUUCUGUAGACAUCAAGUGUCAUUAAAUGAACUAUGUCUGCUUUUCAAUUCAAUACUCAACAUAAAGCAUUCGAUUUACUCUUAGCAAUUUUUUUCCUCUACAACACGCGCCAUUUUUUUUUAAUCCUUGUUAUGACUGUAUUUAAAAAAAUCUAUGGCACAUUUUUUAUUUUGAAAUAUCAUGAUAAGGCAGCUCAUAUAUUUCUCUUAUACAAAUUACACUGCCAUUAGAAAAUUUUGAUAACACUGCCUUGCAGCUUUUCUUCAAAUGUCUUGUGAGUAGUUAUCUAAAAUAAAAAAAAAAAAAAAAAACCAAGUUGGCCUAAUUAAAUGUGCUCUU